CAGUUGAGGAGGUGAAUUCCCGCCCCGGAGGAGCCAACGAGGGCUCCCAUUUCUCUUACCGAGGGCUACCAUGAAAUGAGAGAAAUCGUUUCCCUCAUGGAUAUACCCCACGCAUGCCUAGAGAAAAGAGCUUUUUAAGCUUUGAGUGAAGUGGAAAUGGGUCUUCGCGCGCUGGAUAUAAGUGACGUCACAGGCUGGGCAGCCUGGAAGGACCCAGUUACCUGUUGCCGAGACGGAUGAGGCUUCAGUGAUAGCGAAGCCUCUCUCGGCGCAGCACGUCCCUCCCCGUCGCUCGCACGCCUCACCUUACGGCAGGCGCAGUCGGCAUGCAAGACAGCGACCAUUUCCUCAAAGCGGCCUUCCAGCUGGGCCCAUGGCGCGUGACUCGGCGCGUCCUGCUGUUCAUCACCGUCUUCUGCGCCGUCAUCAUGGUCUUCGGCGCAAUUGUCCUUAAAACACACAUGUUCGACGAGGACGAGAACUUCGACUGGGGAGUGGGAGGGCCUGGACGAGCUGAGCGGAGGCGACGCAGUCAUGCUCGUCAUCAUCGGCCUCGCCGGCGUGGCGGCGCUGGCAGCAUGCGGCGGCUGCUUCAUGGCAACCUCGAACUCGCCGCAGCAGCUGACCUCAGACUCGGGCUCCAUCUUCACCCUCAGCGGCGCGGUGCCUCCGCCCGCCCCCGCUGGCGCCACGCUGCCCCGAGCCGCGCCCCCGCCCUCCCGCCACCCCCGCAGCGCCCGCAGGUCAACCCCCAGCGAGGGCAAGCUCGCGUCGGGCCACUCGCUCGGCCCCAGCUACCCGCAUAACCCCGACUUUAGAACCAGAGCUACCCACAGAACCCGAGCUUCCUGCCUCCGGGCUAUCCCCCCCACCCACCCCCCAGCUACUCUGCCCCGAGUUACCCUCCCGGUGGGCACGUCCAGGGCGGGCUAGGCCAUGCCCCUGCGACUCUAGCCGACCUCCCGCCCCCCUACACCCCCGGCCACAUGGGCCAGCAGCGACGGUAGACAGACUCCGCCUUCUCAGGAUCGCGCGCCGACUGCACUCGCGCUCCGAGGCUGAUCGUGAGUGAAGCGCUGCGGCCGACAGACACGCGGCGUCCACGGACACGGCAGUAGUUCUGGCACGGGAUUCUCGGGCAGACUGUAUACCUUGACCUAAAUCGCGAGGCAACUUGCAACGCCUUUGGACUCCCGCAGCAUCCCCAGGUGCGGAAAGGUCUCCCAGGACGUUGCCUUUGCCCCUCGUCCGUUCGUCGUGCUGCGGUGAAGGCGGGGCAGCGGCGCCCGUCGGAUCCCAGUGCUUCAUUCGGUGGCCAAGUAAGAGCGACGAGGCACCACACACCUACAGGUACUCCAGGAGUUUCGCUUUUACGUGACAGACAUUCCGCUGCGGGGAAAAGGGAAUGAAGACAAUGGACCUGUCGCCUUAAUGGCGCGGAAAACAUUGCAUCCUGGUGGUCAUGUGUGUGGGUUCAUGACUGCUUCCGGUUGUAAGUGUGUGUGUGUGUGCGAUAUUAGAACAUGUGCAUACUUUUCGUAUUAAGGUUCAAUCUUACCGUGACAUUUGCAUCUU